UUCAAACAAAACCAUGGCUGCUCUUCACUGAUCAUAACAAACUACAAUGCACUCUCUAUAUGAGGACCCAAACUAUAAUUGUGCCAUAUUGUUAUGAACUAUUUUGUUGUUUCACAGAAUAACUCAUACAGUGACUUACAAUGAGGAGUAGUUAUAAUGUAUCGAGUCUCAUCAAAACCAAUUGACACUUACAAUACAAAAUACAGUACAAUAUACUACAUAAACAUGCAUAACCUAACUUAGUCUUCUACUAAAACUUCAAGGCUGGAAAGCUUUAUCUGUUAUAGUCUUAAUGCAUUGACAGUGGGCCUAUUAUGUACUUCUAUCAAUUAGUUUAUCAGCAACCACUACCAUUCAUAUGAUUACAUUAAUUGGAUACGAUCUUCACAAAUACUACGAAUAAUUAAUAUACCCAAAGCAAAUUCCUAAUGAACUGACAAUAAACCAAUAAAUAAUGGCACCAGACAAAUAUAUUAUACGUAUCAUAUACAAAAACAAGUCGACUAGUACAAACCUAUAGUGGAAUUUUUGCUAGGGAUAAAUUAAAGCAAUUUCCUCGGAAAUGCUUUCAACGCAAGAGGUCUGCAUGUUAAAAUGAUUGAAUAAUAGGCAAGUACACGGGGAAAGUAAACAAACUUUUUAAGUGAAAGCGUCUGCAUGGUAUAUAAAUAAGCAAGACCCGGGCCCGUCAUUCAAGGAGUUCAUAAACGGUUCUGUAGAUGCAAAAUGUUGACCUUCGUAAUUUUUUCAGGGUAAUGAAUUAAAACUGAGCAGUCGAAGGGCGCAACCUGUCGCACCUUCAGCAGACGCACAUGAGUGACGCGACUGCAUGCGUUACCGUCGCGGGCGAGCAUAAAACUUCUGAUCAAGCCGCGAUCUCAACCGCUGCGGAAACGGUGACAGUAUCGGCGCCGUUUACGAACAUGCGAAUGGCAGUUUGAUUGUUUGGACUUAUGUUUAACCCCGCUUCAUUUUUUUUCUUUUUUGUUCUGCCUCACCAUGCAACCAGCUGAUGCCCACGGUGGAAGUUCAAUAUGUUGCGCGAUCCCCUACCGUAACCAUAAACCGCCUUGAAAAAGACGCUUCGACCAAAUCGCCGUACUAAUUGCGCAUUCUCUCGCUUUGUGGCGACAGAUAAGCCACGAAGCUAAGCUAGCCACAAUAGCGAGGCAAAGGGUUUCGAUCCGUCUUAGCGCAUUGAGCAGACGACCCGGAAGCGUGGGCGCGAAAUCUCGGAUAUUUGUCUCGGAGCGUGGCCUGGCGUGGCGUUACGAUCGCUCGCGCGCGGUGGGUGCCGGUCGUGACGUAACCGCGCGCACGCGCAGUGCACGCCGCAGGUGACGUCACGACGCUAGCCCUGGCAGGCAGGGGGACAAAGAAAGAUGUCCGGUGUCAUCGCCAAGUACCACUGCAACUACUGUCAGGAGGACAUCACAGGAGUGCGCGUCAAAUGUGCCGAGUGCCCAGACUUUGACCUUUGUUUACAGUGCUUUUCCUGCGGGGCAGAGAUGGGGGCACACAAGAACAGGCAUGGCUACCAGUUGAUUGACUGUGGCAACUUCCCCAUCUUCCAAGCACCCUGCAACUGGAAGGCGAAGGAAGAGCUGGUGCUUCUUGAGGCCAUCGAGCAGUACGGCUUCGGCAACUGGGAGGAUGUCUCUCAGUGCCUGCCGGCUCGAAGCUGUGAAGAGGUACAAGAACACUACAACAGCCAUUACAUUGAGGGAAACAUUGGGAGAGCGACAUGGUCCACAGAUGUGUCGACUCAAAUCAAGGAUCACACAGUGCCUGAAGGAGGGCCGCUGUCGCCAAGCCUGAGCAGUCCGGUGGCCACGGUGGACAUCACGUCCACCGAGCAGCAGGAGCUUGGCUACAUGCCCUGUCGGGACGACUAUGAGCGGGAGUAUGACAACGAGGCAGAGUCCCUGAUCAGCCAGCUGUCGAUGGGCGGCCCCGACGAGGACGAGUUGGAGGUGGCCCUGAAGCUGGCUCAGGUGGACAUGUACUCGAGGCGGCUACGGGAACGAUUGCGCCGCAAAGGGCUAGUGCGGGACUACCGCCUGCUUGAGCAAUUCUGCCACACGGGCCGGCCGGCCUCCAAGGCAAGCCCGGUGUCCCGUGGGAAGAAGCCUGCCCGUGAGGCUGACAAAGAGCUCCAGGAGAAGAUGCGCAUAUUCUGCCAGUUCCAGUCGGCCGCGGAGCACGAGCAGCUCCUGGAGAACCUCGAGAGGGAAAAAGAGCUCAAAGCCAGAAUCAAGGAGCUGCUGAGGUAUAGGCGGAAUGGCAUCACCAAGCUGGAUGAAUGCUCAGAAUUCGACGUUGCGAGGCAUCGCCGGGAAAAACGCAAGGAAGCGAAAAAGAAGUCUGCACCCGCCAGCUCCGUUCACAAAAAGCCCAUCUCAACGGCAUCAAAAAAAUACGAAGAAAAAGGAGGCGUCGACACUAUGCUAAGCGAACAAGGUGACACGAGGGAAGACUCCAAGGAGGCUACCGACAUCACCAGCUUGCCCGGCUACGAGCUACUCUCCGACAAGGAGAGAAAGCUGUGCCAGUCCAUUGGAAUCAGCCCUGCGUGCUACAUCACCUUUAAGACCGUAGUGCUGAAGGACCAAGCUCAGCGGCAGAAAGGCAGCACGGCUAAGUUCCGCUCCCCGGCGGGAAUGGACAGGUCGCACUGUCGGCGGAUCCUGAGCCACUUCGCCAACAGUGGUUGGAUUUCCGCUACUUGAUGCCGCCCCGCCCUAGUGACCAAGAGCGAUCAGCAGCGGGCCGCCGCCCCCUCCGCAACCGUCGACCCCGCCAGCUUGCAUCGAUAGCCACGGCACCAGUUGAGUGAUCCGGCUGAAAGCUUCCUUUGACUUGCCCCGUGGAAAAGCGCAGCGCUUCCGCCGUCAUAGAGAAUCGUCUUUUUGUUUCUUGAUGAAAUGGCCGGUGCUGGAUUCACUGGGCCAAAAGAAGCGAUGUGCGGAGUAUUGCAUUGCAAAAAAAAGCAAGAUUUGCUCAUCAGCGUGUGGCGGCUCAGGUUUAUGUCUGCGCCUGGUGAUUGCUGUCCGGUGUGACCGCUGUCCAAGUGAACACGGUCUGCCCGCGACGUGGAACGGUUGGUGCUCUUCUCGUGACUCCCACGAAACGAUGUGGCAAACGUGAGCGACUUUUCCCUCGUCUGUAAAGCGGCGUGAGAAGCGUAGGAGAAGGGUGAUCCCUCCAGAAACUGAAUUGGGCAUGCGUAGCAGUAGCCAGCGUUACUCUUUGAAUAAGAGUUUGGGCACAGCGCAACUCUGCAAAGUCUGGAAUCUGCGCGAUUGCAAAAGGUGAAGUCGUCGGCCUGGUGGCAAGCAGGAUUGUAACUUCAACGUCCACACAGAAAAGAACACACUCCAUUCAGAGAAAGAGAGCCUCCGAAACACAAACUGGUGAAGAGUCAGCAUCCAUUUUUUUUUAAGAAACGUGCCAGGAACUGUGAUCCCCGUGGUGCUCUUGUUUUUUUUUUUGUGUGUGUGUGUGUUUUCGUGUGCAUCUUUUUUUUUUUUUUUUUUUUUUGAAGGCGGCAAGGUUUGAAGUCUGUGAGAGAGUGCGGUCUGCUUACGAAGGAUGUUUUUUUGAACUGUGGUAAGAGUGAGUUUUCUUGUGGGAAGGAAUGAGUUCCUUUGUCAGUGGAAUGCAAGAUCUGUACAACUCGAGCGCAAACGUGCUGUUGUCUUUACCUUCGAAAAAAGUUAUCAAUUAGGCGAAAAUGUGAGUGUUUGCGGUCUUGUUGCUGCACAAAAUUCAGCCUACUGUAUAAACAUAACAUCUGUUCCAUUGUCGUGGGACCAAUAGCGCAUAAACACUGGACACCACAUUGAGAGGCCAAGUGUGCCUUUUUUUUUAUCUCUCUCUCUCUCUCUGUUUCUAUUUCUCCUAAAUUACAAUUUGAAUUUAGCGCACGCUUCCUCUCUGGGUUCUUUGUUUUCUUCACACUUCUAGUCUCUUUCGCUCUAGCAUUGCUGUGAGGUGUUCUAAGGUUAAUUGCGUUAGUUAACCUGGAGAUUUCUCUUCUUCAACGGUGAAGAAAUUUGUUUUCCGCUGCUCAGUUCAGAGAAGUUGUCCGUUUCGCACAGGCCAUUGCAGAUCGUCUGGCUCUGCGGUGGACCAUCUCUGAUUCCAUUGUUGGGGCACAGAUUUGGCUAGAAGUCCUACAGCUUGUUGCGUUCUGCCGACUGUGCGUGAAGACUUUCACCGAAGUUUAGUGCGGAGCAGUACGUUUGUCUUUGGCAUAUACCUGUUUGCAAAAUCCUGGUGUGGUCCAAAUGUUUCCUCUAGGGUUCAGGUAGCCCCUUCAAAAGGACCUGUAGCAUUGGCUGUUGCAGCAACCUACAAUAAGACGAAUAUCUUACUGUGCAUGAAAGGAGCUGAAAAAGGGGUUCAGCACUAUUUAAGAUGCAACGCUUAUCCCCGCAUAUUAAAUGCCAUGGUUUCACUUCAGAAGUAAUCAGUCGCCAAGCUAUUGUUUAUUGGCUACAUGGUUUCAAAGAAAGAAAAAAACAUUUUUUUGAACCUGAGGUCUUCUUUUCAAUAACUGCUCUUGUGAAUCAUCCAGGAAGCAUUUUGUGCUUAAAGGCCCACUGCAACCAACUUUCACUUUGGCUAAAUUGGUAAUAAAUGAGUAUUUACUGCUAGUACCUAUCUUGCCAAAGCUGCAUGGCUGGUAAUUGUCUAAUUUGCUUAUUAGGAGCCUUUUAUUAGUGCACAAGCAGACAAAGCGUGCACCUGGGGGUUAGCAACUAAGACUCAAGUCUCGGCACAUUGCCUUGAAGAUCUUUCACUGCGCCAUGGGCUUCCACGGGUGGUGUCUAGUCUCGGAGGUGACGCUGAGUAGUCGCAUGAUCAGAGUCAGGGGCCACUUUUGGCGAGCAGUAAUAGCGGCACUUGUUCUCAGUUUUGGUAUCAAAAUGCCUAUUUAUGCAAGCCUUUCAUGGGGCAUCUAUUCGUAUCAGGUGUAAAGUCUUGCACGUCGGCUGCACUGUAUCUGUACUACAGUGCUGCCAACUCUAGGGAAGUUUCUCUAGAUGUAGGGAGUCAGAAUUGUUUAGGGGAAGGGGGGAGUGGCCCAAAUCCUGCAAAAUUUCACAUUGAGACAUUGAAACAGCGGAAUGGCUGACGUGAGGGCAUGUUUUGAUUUCAGUCAUUUAUUUGCAAAUUGCCUUUGCGUUAGCAUGCAAAGUAUUAUUUUUCGUUGUGCUACAGGCAGGGAACGCAUCUUGUCAAGUAAAUGACGGGGUGAGGAUGCCCUGGCCUCUUAAACGAAGUACUGGUACUGUGAGUUUCCCGUUUGUACCUCUAGCUGUGCUGCCGAUGUCUAUGAACUUUGAAUUGAAUGUUUACCUGUAACUGGUGAAACGAACAUAUGCUGGAACACCAAACAAAGCAGCACGCCAAAUCCGGGCUGAGUGGACACGCAUACGCAGUGCCAAGCAUGACAAGGCAGUCACCGCGCUAAACCGCUUACUAUGUCUGCGGAUACUAAAAGUUACUGGGAGCCGGUCAUAGGCAGGGCAAUCUUACAGUCACAGUAGUCAUGUGCUUGGGUGAGCUUUGCUUUGGAAAAAAGAAAAAAAUUGGCCAUCUGUCUGCAUGCUUCGCUGCAGGUGAGCAGCGAAGUGAGUGAGCGCGUAAGUUUGGUGGUGCUACACUGGUGCACGGUAUGCGGAAGAGCUAAUUACACCUGUUACAUUGGCUUCGUGAAGUGGCCCACAUUUUUGACAAUAUUGCAUUCUGUUAGGGAGUUUCGGCACCUGACUUACCAUUCGAAUAAAUUUUCGUGUAAUUUUGGAACUUUGUCGUUGUCAAGACUUACUUUGAAUGUAGUAUAACCUAUAACCAGAGUACAAAAGCGUAAAGUCUUAUUCUGGGAAUAUAGCUGAAACGGAUGGCAAUGUUGUUAGCAUAACAACUUUCACUGCGACGUCAUUUCAGUUUAAGUGCCGCGAGAUCAUUAUUUGAAUGCUUCAAAAUUUAUUUCUAAACUUGCUUUAGACUGCUGGAGUCGUAUUGAUAAAUGAUCAACAACCAGAUUUUACAGAAACCUAGGGAAAUUUUUCACUCAAGGGCGAACUGGCUUCGGAAGUCUGCAGCACUGCUACACGAUCGAAUCUAGGCUUUCUACAUGCCUCAAAAAUUUUUUUUGGGUAGGCCUUUAAGAAUGCUUGCCUGAGUUCCUGCUUAUGGGGCUAGUCUUGUGUGCUGCAUCCACCGCGCUACAGAGGCUCAGCUCAACCUCUACCAUUCCGUAAAAGUUUGUCACAUGCCCGUGGAGCACAUAUCUUGCAUCCAACUCAACUUCCUUUGUAUGUAUGUGUGUGGGGUUCCUGCCAGGAUUGCAGUUGUGAAAGGAGUACGAGUCAGGUGUGUUCUUUUACUGUAGUGUGGAAGCAGAGGUCACUCUUUUGAAACAAAAGCGCAAAGUUGUACAUAGUCGCACUUGUAAAUUUUUUAAAUGAAAAAAAAAAGUCUCUCAUUGCUCAUGUACAUAUACUACAUAGAUCAUCAUAUAGGCAAUUUUUUUCCCCCCCUACAUUUCAGGUAACGGAUCUGAAAAGAAUGGUAUUUGCCGACAUUGUUGCAUAUAAUAGAGGGUUUUAGUACAGUGUUUACUCCCCUGAGCAAAAGUGUAUGGACUGCCGACUACGAAAGUAACUUGUAAUGGACAACUGCAGUCCGUACUUGACACCGCAACCUUUCUAAUGCACUCGUGAAUAUCAGUUUGUGUGCCUGAAUUACGAAUAAAUUCAGCUUUUCUUUUUUUCCCCUUUGGUGCAAGCAGGGGGGGAGGUCCAUAUACUUUUGCUUAUGGGCGUGUAUAUUACCAUUUCAGGGGAUACUGGAGAUAUAGACAAGAACUGAAGCGCUGUUGACUAUUUGUUCCGACACUGUGUUCAACCAAUGCAGAAAUAUUAUUGUAACGAGUGUUCGACAUCGCUGUUGAGGUAAAAGUUGUGGUGACACUGUAUUUAUCAACCUACAUGUGACCUUAUGCUUCUUUCUUUUCUCUCUUUCUCAUUUUAUUUCAGCACAAAACGUAUCUAACAUGUUCUAGUUGGGCACAGUGUCAUGUAAGAGACCACCGCUAGGGCCAUUCCUCUGGCCUAUGUCUCCAGUAUCCUGUGAACAGUAACCAUAUUAUCCCGACCUACAGUUUGCUUUUGUUAGCCCAUGUUGCAGAUUUCAGUUCGGGAUUUUAAUGCUCGACUUCCUAGUGCUGACAUUUUUUUGCCUUUUUGCUCUGGUGAGAAUUACUGGGCACAAUUUUUCGUAAUUUGUUUGGCCACGAAAUGUGAAGCUCUCACUGCAGCCAUACCAUUUAGUAUUAUUGGGCCAGUUGAACACGACAUACAUCUUUAUUUUUAAGAUCCUUGCAGUAAAAGUCUCAGUGCAGGCAAUUUAAAUUGGUGUUUUUCACUUAUCAUUGUUUACCGUUGUGUAACAAUCCCUGUUUGCAUUUAUCCCGAGACGUGUAAAUUCUGUGGCAUUGCACGGAACACCAAGGUGAAAGAUAUUUUUAUAGUGUUUAGAUGGAGGCGGGGGAUGGGGGGUUGGGGGGGGGAGUGUAGUCCCGCAUUUCAUUGCGACUUAACAAAUGUGUCGGCCUAUGGCAACUCAAGCACGGCACGAAUGAGCUGGCCUGUUUCCUAUGGCUGUGGAAAGUUGCUUUGGGGUGUGUGGACUUGGAUGUGCAUAACUGUUUUUGCUCACAGGGGAAAUGUGCAAACGAAACGUCAUGUGUCAUUUUGUGUAUCUUCACCGUUUCAUUGUCACCUUGUAUAUUUCUAGCCACACCAAGUGGACGCACUUAUCCUGUUUCUUCUAUGUCAAAUUCACGAGAAUGCAAUUUGUUAAGAAACUCCGCUUCUUGAGCAAUAUUUUGCGAGCGCACACUGUGUUACUUGCUGCCCGAAUCGCUGAAGUGAUCUUGGUGGUAAUCGGCAGGUGUCGCUACAGGGUUUCGAGGAUCACUGCUGUGUUGGAUGCAUCCAGUAAAUUAGUAGAUAUUAGAGGACCAAAUUGCAGCUCGCGCCUGAAAGUGCUUUUUUCUUGCCUUUGUGGGAAAGUCGUGUGAACCCUCAAAGUGCCAGUUGCACUGAAAGUUGCCUUGUUAAGAUUCCGAAAAUAAAAUCUGUGGCCCUUGCAUGAGUCUAUAUGGUAACCUUAGCUGGAAUAGCAAUGCAUUUCGUAGCACACUUUAAGCCUGUAUUUCUCAAAACCGGUGCACAAAGUUCGUAGCAGCAGAAGAUAAUGCUUUAAGUAUGAGUUAACUUGGAUUCUGCAAUUACCGCAUGCGCCCCAAAUUAGAUUAGAAUUUCCUUAACUAAUUUAUUAAGAUUAAGCCAUGGUGAUUGCCUUUGCAACGUUUAACAAAAUGUUGUGGGGGGGAUUAAGGCAUUUCAUUUCGACUCAUCGCAGUGCAUACUAGUAUUUUAGAGUGACGGAGAGGGGAAAUGCAAGAGGGGCCUAGAACCCAAGCUUCUGGCUCAUGCGGCAGGCAUCUAGUAAAGGAGGCAUUGUCUCGUGUAUGGGCAAACGUUGACCUGCUGGCAAGCAUUGUGUCGUUGCUGUCUGCCUGUGCACUGGGGUGAGGCCAGCAUGGGCGGAAAGUGCAGCCCUUCACAACAGGGAUGCCACCCAAAGACUGGUGUAUACUUUUCGCAAGGCGCACUUGUACUCUUCCCGGUAGUGUAUGUGGUUGUUGGCAGAUGGCACCAGCAGCCAUGUGUUUGCAUGUUGCCACGAAAAUAUCUGAGCUCUGCACCUUGGCACAGGCAACAAGGAAAAAUAAGUAGGAGCCUCGGAAAGCUGCUGUGGGGUUUGGUAAACUUCGCCAUCUUGGAGCUGUAAUGUGGCUGAGCUUAGUGGAGAGGAUGCAAUGGCUACGGUGGCAUGCAUUGCAGACGGGGCGACACCUGCCGGUUGUGCACCUUGCACUUCAUGAGCUUGUAAAGAGUAUUUUGUUCCUUUAGUACACCCCGAGUAUCAUGUAAGGAGAAGUAUAAUAUAUGCUAUUUGCAAUAACCCUAGUUUCAGGUGAUGUUUCAUGGUGACAGAGUAUUUUUUAGAAAAUUGCGUUUUGUGAGCAGCCAUUCUUUAGGAUGGCUUUAGGAUUCUUGAUUUCGGGUUGCGCAGUGAAGUGCUGCAUUGCACAUGGUGAAGGGUGUAGGUGCAUUUUGUGCAUAGACCGCUGGCUAGUUUGAACUAAAAUUUCGCCUGGAGGUGACGUUUGGUGGCAAUUUUAAGCAGUCGAACUUUAUGAUGGCACUACUACAGCUUGCUCAGAAUAUGUCGUGGUACUAGUAUGUGGUCCGCAGGCCAGUAAUGGCCACAAUACCACAUGCUUCUGUUCAUUUGUGCCACCAUGUUGGGUGAACAUGCUUUCUCAUGGUACAAUGCGAGAUGCCAGAAUAGGAGUGUUCUAACACAACGUACAUGUGCCAAUGUCAGAGCUGGGAGACGUACAAAAGAAGAGCAGGACUGGUCGAAACAUGUGACGCUUUUUCUCUGCCACAAUGUGCUUGGAACCAUAGGUUGUGAGAAUAAGCGUGCACUUACUCACACUUGCCAACAUUUACGCAGGCUAUGUACUGACCCACUCCUACUCAUGCCCACUCGUACCUACAAACACUAACUUGCGUUCAUAGUCACUUCCGUUCACACUUACCUGCACCCACCUAAGCUCAUGCCCACAGCCAUUCACCAGCACUCGCUUGCAUACAAGCAUCUACUCGCACUGACCGGCAGCCUCUCACCUUCGUAAUACACAUCCACUCAAACUUAUCAGCACCCACGUUCUUAGGCUUGCUAAAGCUCUAUUUCAUGCCUGUGAAAUGAGUGCAGAUCAAAUACUUGUCACUAUGCUCGUGAGCAAGCAUGCUUGAAACUACGUGUGUAAAAGAAGUGCCAAAAUUGAAGGUAGUCACUGGCAGCAAGUUUAUACCAGCAGUCAAGUAGAAUUCAGUCACUCAUUGCAAUAAGAGUUCUGUGUGAUCUGGUUGAACUUGGCGUCACCAGAUGUCCCCACUAGCACUGCUCUUAUUGUGUACGUCAUGCAAAUAUGCCUACACAUUGCUAUAAAACUAUUAUUGCAAAGGUGCAUUUAUGUUGCGCACACCUUGGGCUGGUCAAUCAAGAACUCAUUCUGCCCGGAUGAUGUGAUCUCUCUUGCCGAAUUUGGAGGUGAUGCAACAUGUCCCCAAUAAAUUAAAGAAGAAGGCUGGUGCUUUUUGUACAUGUAGACAUUAACAUCGAACAAACUAAAUGAUGUGCCAUUUGGUCUUGAAAAUCUGAAGUACCAGUGACCGUUGCAGUCUUAUGGCAAAUGCUCUGUCUAACAGCAUGUGACGCUGCGAGUGCUCUUUGCAUUAAUGAGUUGUAUGUUUGAUUAUGCCUUAAGUUAAGGAAACAUUGCUUUAAACCAGCCACGGGAUUCCACAUCUAUGUGAAAUUGCCAGACAGAUUAGCCAGUGGUUUAGGUGUGGAGGUGCAUUUAUACCCGUUUGCUAUAUACGUGAAAUUGAAUACUUGCUGUGUAGAUGAAAGCUCAAUGGGACAUUUGAGAUGUAAUAAAGAAUGUUCUUUGAUUUGCAA